GCGAAAGUACAGCCAGCAUCAAGCACCAAGCAUACCACCCAUGGUCUGGAAGUCAACAUGUCCCGCUACGAUAAACUCCCCGACUCCAAGAGGACUUUAACCCCGACAAUGGCGAAGACUCCAACACGAUGAUCAACAUCCCCUCCUCUUCAUCAUCCUCAUCCUCCUCCGCCUCACCCGACCCAACUGUCACCAACCAAACCACCACCAAAUCCAAUAAAACCAGCCUCCACAUCCCCGUCCCCGACCUCUUCACGGCCUCCGCCCUCCGCUCCCUAACCACCUCCCCCUUCUCUGAGCACGAACUCCUCUCUCCCUCAUUUCAGCACAUCCGUCGGACCCUCUCCCGCUCCCCGUCACCCUCAAGGUCCUUCCGCCAUGACCCUGGCCCAUUGUCGAACACCUCGUCCCUCAGAUUCCGAGCAAGGAACUUCCUCCACCGCAACCGCCCCCUCUUUCAAGUAGCCAUAGCACAAUUGUUCGGUGCAUUGAUGAACCUCUCUGCUCGGCUUCUCGAACUAUCUGGAGAAGGCGAAAAAGAAGGAGGAAUGCACCCCUUCCAAAUCCUCUUCGCCCGAAUGUUCCUCACCUCCCUUCUCUCGCUUCUCUACAUGCACUGGAAGAAAAUCGAAUCUGCGCCGUGGGGGAGGAGGGAGGUGCGGUGGUUGUUGGUUUUGAGGGGUGUUACUGGGUUUUUCGGCAUCUUCCCCCUCUGGUACUCCAUGCUCUACCUCCCUAUCGCCGAAGCAACAGUCAUCACCUUUCUCGCCCCUUCCCUCUCAGGCUACCUCUCCCACCUCCUCCUCAAAGACCCUUUUACGAAGAAAGAGCAGAUAGCUAGCUUUGUAGCUUUGGCUGGCGUCGUUCUAAUCGCUCGCCCUGUUUCGUUCUUCUCCUCUACACCCACCAGCAACCGUCUCGCCCUCCUUUGGCUCCAAUCCAAACAACAUUACCUCCGCGUUUCUCACAUUAACCAACCUCACACACACACCAUCUGCCACUGUUUCCGCACCUCCCUCGGUCGCAACCACCAUUGCAACUACCAGCAUCCCUGAUUCCACCGGUAUCCUCGACGUAUCCCCCUCCCUCCGCCUCCUAGGCAUAGCCUCAGCCCUCCUCAGCGUCCUCGGCCCUUCCACGCACCCCUUGAUAUCCGUCAACUAUUUCGGUCUCUCGUGCACCCUCGUCUCCC